AUGGACACAUCUUCAAAGACGUGGCUGCCGCAUCAGAGUCAGUUUGGGUUGGUUGGUCAAGCGGAGGUUUGCUGUGGCGGACCUGGAGUUUUAACACCAAACCAAUCUCGCAGGGCAAGUUUUGCCUCUGUAAGACAGUCAAGCAUGGAAACCCCUCCCAAUGCCACCCCACAGCCCUUCAGACAGCCGGUGAGUAAAUUUAAGAGUUUUCUCAAUCGGCGGCUGAAGGGCUCCAUCAAGAGGGCCAAAAGUCAGCCCAAACUGGACCGGACCAGCAGCUUCCGACAAAUGAUUUUGCCCCGGUUUCGUAGUGCUGACCAAGAGAGGACACGAUUGAUGCAGAGCUUCAAAGAAUCCCACUCCCAUGAAUCCCUACUUUCUCCUAGUAGUGCUGCAGAGGCUUUGGACCUAGUUUUGGAUGAAGAGGCCAUAAUCAAACCUGUCCACUCUAGCAUUUUAGGACAAGAGUACUGCUUUGAGGUGACCACUAGUUCAGGGACAAAAUGUUUUGCCUGCCGAUCAGCUUCAGAAAGAGACAAGUGGAUUGAAAAUCUGCAACGAGCUGUCAAACCGAACAAGGACAACAGCAGACGGGUGGACAAUGUGCUGAAGUUGUGGAUCAUUGAAGCUCGAGACCUUCCGGCUAAGAAACGCUACUAUUGUGAACUAUGUCUGGAUGACAUGCUGUACGCACGCACCACCAGCAAACCCCGGACCGACACCGUCUUCUGGGGCGAGCAUUUUGAAUUUAACAAUUUGCCUACCAUUCGUAGCCUUCGUUUGCAUCUCUACAAGGAAACUGACAAAAAAAGACGCAAGGAGAAAAGCACAUAUCUUGGCCUUGUCAGCAUCCCCAUCUCCAGCAUCACGGGCCGGCAGUUCGUGGAGCAGUGGUACCCGGUGAUACAGUCCAGUGUCUUGGCCAAAAGUGGAGGUGUUGGAAGUACCAAAGUGAUCAAUGCCUCACUGCGUGUCAAGUCUCGCUACCAGACAAUGAACAUCCUCCCGAUGGAGCUGUACAAGGAGUUUGCUGAGUACAUUACCAACAACUACCGAACACUGUGUGCAGUUCUGGAGCCGCUGUUGAGUGUGAAAAGCAAAGAGGAGGUGGCCUUUGCUCUGGUGCACAUCCUUCAAAGCACAGGCAAGACAAAGGAGUUCCUGUCUGACAUGGCGAUGUGCGAGGUGGAUCGAUUCAUGGACCGUGAGCACUUGAUCUUUCGUGAGAACACGCUAGCUACAAAGGCUGUGGAAGAGUACCUCAAACUGAUAGGUCACAGAUACCUCAAGGAUGCUAUAGGCGACUUCAUUCGAGCCUUAUAUGAGUCUGAGGAGAACUGUGAAGUGGAUCCCAUGCGUGUCCCGCCAUCAGUGCUCGCCGACCAUCAAGCCAACCUUCGCAUGUGUUGUGAGCUGUUACUCUGCAAGAUUAUCAACUCUCUCUGCAUAUUUCCCCGGGAGCUGAAGGAAGUUUUUGCCUCGUGGAGAGCCAGAUGUGCCGAGCGUGGAAGAGAGGAUCUCGCCGACAGCCUCAUCAGCUCCUCUCUGUUUCUUCGCUUCAUGUGCCCAGCCAUCAUGUCCCCCUCACUGUUCAACCUAAUGCAGGAGUACCCCGCCGAACGCACGUCCCGCACGCUCACACUCAUAGCCAAAGUGAUGCAGAACCUGGCCAGCUUCAGCAAAUUUGGACCCAAGGAGGAAUACAUGUAUUUCAUGAACGAGUUCCUGGAGAUGGAGUGGGCCUCCAUGCAGCAGUUUCUCUACGAGAUUUCCAACAUGGAGACUGGUGGAAACGCUGGAGGGUUCGAGGGCUACAUUGACCUUGGCAGAGAAUUGUCCAUGCUGCACAGCUUACUGUGGGAAGUCAUGGGUCAGCUUAGCAAGGACGCCAUCCUCAAACUCGGCCCCCUACCACGGCUGCUGAAUGACAUCAGCGUCGCCCUGAGGAACCCACAGCUCCACAUGCCUACAAAUCACCAGCCAGACAGACCGAAGGACAGACUCUUUUCACGGCCAUCUUUCAAUCGUCUCAUGUCGUCUGACUUCCAAAGCCUUAUGAUGCGUGACUUAAACAGUUCAAUAGACAUCUCUCGCCUGCCCUCCCCUACGACGGGAGUCUCCGCUGUAGAAUCCCUCUCAUCUAAUCUGAACAUGAGGCGUCACGCAGAACGAGACCUCCGCUCUUCGAGGGAGGUGUUCUACGUGACCCGCCCACCGCUGGCCCGAUCCAGCCCUGCAUACUGCACGAGCAGCUCGGACAUCACCGAACCAGAUCCAAAGGUCCAUAGUGUGAAUAAAAGUGUGUCCAUGAUGGACCUUCAGGACUCCCGUAUGAACAGCAUUUCCAACCUGAACUCUGUGGGAGACAUGCUCACCUCCUCUCAGGCCUCCAUCGCCGGCCUGGGCCACAGCUUCGGGAACCUCUGCGGUCCUCUUCGCAUGGGAGGGCAUAUGCCAGCGGGCUCAGCGGGCUCCGGUUUGAGGCUGAGCCAGAUGGGCCACAUAGGGGGGCCCACUGAAUCCAUAUCUCAACAACAGCAGCAGGCAGCAGCGGCCAUGCACUUCCCCCUGUCUUUCCAGAACCCGCUAUUCCAUUUGGCUGCCCAGAACUCCCCGGCUCAGUCUCAGCCUCAUCCCCCUCCUCUCCUCCUUGCCCCUGAGCCCGAGAACGGCCACCACGACUAUCAGCCUGCCUUUGGCAACAAUGCUUUCUCCCGCAGUGAGGACUUGUCUGGCCUGCGGUCACAGAGCAGUCUGGUGCAGCCCAGCAUUGUCCACUCACACAGUUACAGUGAUGAUUUCACCCGGCAGAAUCAGAGCAAUGACUACGCCUGGCACCAGCUGUCACUGCAGGUGCAGGUAGGAAUCUCUCAUUUAUCUGCACACGGAAAAUAUAACAAAAAGACAGAGUCUCUGCAGCAGCAGCACCUGAUGGAGGCGUACUCAAGACAAGCCCACCGACGGGCACGUGCCGCCUCUUUGGCUACAAGCCUAUACAGUUCACCCCGUCCGCAGAACACUCUAUCCCCACAGCACUCAAUCACAGCGGUCCCAUUAACACUCAGCCACCGCCCACUCCAAAAGGUUCGCCCGCAGAGCAGAAACCUCCAUCUCGACUCCUCUGACACAAACUUCAGUGCAGUCAGCCGAAACAGCGCCAAUACUCAGCAGCCGCAGCAACAGCACAGCAACAACAACAGCAGCCACAGCAACAGCAUCACAGGCAUCAAACAACAUCAACAACAACAACAACAUCAACAGCAGCAACAGCAGCAACAACAGGACGCACAGCUGUCGGUGACGGACAGUCCAGCUCCCGGGCUUCCAUACCAGACCAGCUCCGCCAAAGAGAACCAGGGCCCACCAGCUGCUGCAGAGGGGUCAACAGACACGCCCACAAAAAACACCAAGAAGUCCCAACAGUCACAACUGCAGCCGCCACAGCAGCAUCUGCUCAAACCAGGCAAUAAACAGGGCUCUCAGUCAACACUGAACACCCCAGCCCUCAAUGAACGGACAGUCGCCUGGGUGUCCAACAUGCCUCAUCUCUCUGCCGACAUCGAGAGCCUGCGGCCGGACCGCGAGGGCCAGCUGAAAGAGUACUCCAAGAGCAUGGAUGAAUCACGACUAGAGAGGGUAAAAGAAUAUGAAGAAGAGAUACAUUCCUUGAAAGAGCGGCUGAAGAUGUCUCAUCGCAAGCUUGAAGAAUACGAGCAUAGGCUUAUGUCGCAGGAACAGCAGACAAGCAAAAUCCUUCAGCAGUAUCAGAACCGCCUGGAAGACAGUGAGCGCCGCCUAAAGCAGCAGCAAUUGGAGAAGGACUCUCAAAUCAAAGGCAUCAUCAGCAGACUCAUGGCUGUGGAAGAUGAGCUGAGAGGGGGUGCCAUUCCUGAUAUUAAGCCUCGAAUCCUCACAGACCAGUCUAUCAACCAGGGCUAUGGUGGCCACCCAGGAUCCUGACUGUCAAUUCCAAAGUGACCAGAGUUCAUGAUGGUCACUCGGGUGUAAGAAGACCGAUUCAGAUCAUCCUACAAAAACCCAUGAAGAUAAGCUCUGCAGUGAAUCCAGCAGGACCACUGGAGGCUUCGUCUCACAACGUUCUUAAAAAACAACUUUGCACAUAUUCAAACUUUGCCUGUACCAGAACUUGACAAUCAGUAGUGUG